GCUCGCACGCUCCCUCGCGGAGCACUUGUUUGGGUUCCCAGCGCAGCCAUGGCGCAGCACUUCUCCCUGGCCGCCUGCGACGUGGUCGGCUUCGAUCUGGACCACACUCUAUGUCGCUACAACCUGCCCGAGAGCGCCCGGCUCAUUUAUAAUAGCUUUGCCCAGUUCCUCGUCAAGGAGAAGGGGUAUGACAAGGAAUUGCUUACUGUGACUCCAGAGGAUUGGGACUUCUGUUGCAAGGGCUUGGCAUUGGAUCUGGAAGAUGGAAGCUUCAUUAAACUGGCAGAUGAUGGCACUGUGCUCAGGGCGAGCCACGGCACCAAGAUGGUCGCUGCGCAGGCGCUGGCGGAGGAGUAUGGCAGCAAGGCGUGGAAGCACUUCAUGAUGGACACAGAGACAGCGUCCCGAUCAGGAAAAUACUAUUUUUAUGAUAACUACUUCGAUCUGCCAGGGGCCCUUCUGUGCGCCAGAGUGGUGGAUUUCUUAACAAAGAAGAACAACGGUCAAAAAGCUUUUGAUUUUUGGAAGGAUGUAAUUGCUGCUAUACAACACAAUUAUAAAAUGUCAGCUUUUAAGGAAAACUGUGGAAUAUAUUUUCCAGAAAUAAAAAGAAAUCCAGGCAAAUAUGUACACAGUUGUCCCGAAUCUGUAAAAAAGUGGCUUCGACAACUAAAGAGUUCUGGGAAGAUUCUUUUGCUAAUCACCAGUUCUCACAGUGAUUACUGUCGACUCCUCUGUGAAUAUAUCCUUGGGAAUGAUUUUCCAGAUCUUUUUGACAUCAUUAUUACAAAUGCAUUGAAGCCUGGUUUCUUCUCUCAUUUACCAAGUCAAAGGCCUUUCUGGACACUUGAGAAUGACGAGGAGCAGGAAGAAUUGCCAUCUCUGGAUAAACCUGGCUGGUACUCCCAAGGAAAUGCGGUUCACCUUUAUGAACUUCUGAAAAAAAUGACUGGCAAACCUGAACCCAAGGUGGUUUACUUUGGUGACAGCAUGCAUUCAGAUAUUUUCCCAGCCCGUCAUUAUAGAAAUUGGGAGACAGUCCUCAUCCUGGAAGAACUCAGAGAGGACAGAGAUGAGACAGCUGAGGAAUCUGAACCACUAGAGAAAAAAGGAAAAUAUGAGGAGCCAAAGUCAAAACCUCUAAAUACAUCAUCUAAAAAAUGGGGCUCAUUUUUUGUUGAUUCAAUUUCGGGGCUGGAAAAUAAAGAAGACUCCUUGGUUUAUACUUGGUCCUGCAAGAGAAUCAGUACUUACAGCACUAUUGCAAUUCCAAGUCUUGAAACAAUAGCAGAAUUAUCCCUGGACUACAAAUUUACAAGGUUCUCUUCAAACAAUUCAAAAAUGGCUGGCUACUACCCAAACCCUCCAUUAGUCUUAUCAAAGGAAACAUCAAAAACCAAAUAAAUGAUCUUUACUAACAAGUGAAGAGAAGAAACGUAUAUGCAGCAAAUGUACUGUAAAGAUUUUAAUUUUUAAAAAAUACUGUAAGAUGCUUUAUAGGAACAAAUUCUUAAUGAAAAUUCACUAAGAAACUGAUCUUUUUCUAUCUCUUCUUUCAUACAGUUCAUCUCCACCCCCACCCCCCAAUUCUGAUACUAAAAUCUUGGUAUCUUAGAGCAAAAAAGAACCUUAUUAAUAUUUUCUAUACCAGUAGUUCUGAGAUUAAAAUUCACUUGAGUUAUAUACUCAUACAUACAUACCCAUAUAUUUAUAUACAUACAUACAUACACACACUUACAUAAACAUGCCCAGCCUAGUGGUUCCCAAAGUGUGGUCCCUAUACUACUAAUAUAGCAUCACCUAAAAUCCCAAUAGAAAUGUAAUUUGGAAGGGUAGCCUCGGAAAUACAGAUUCUGAAACAGAGAAUGUAACCAUAGUACACAGUCUGUUAAUAAUCCUGUGGUUGAUACUAAAGUUUAAGAACCACUGGCUAGGCCAUAUCUUCCAGAGAUUGGCUUCAUUGGUCUGGAAAUAGUCGAGUGUUGACAUUUUCAUAUGCCCCAGGGAAAUGCAGCCAGAACUGAAAACACCUGGUGUCCCUUCAACUCAUAGCCAAGCACACUGAGUCCAGUGAGAUUAAAUGAUUUUUCCAGGUUAUCAGGUUUCUUGUUUUUAAAAAACAAUAAAGAGAAAUGAUUUCUUUGCAACCACACAGCCAGUAUGCAACUGAGAUGAUACGAGAAGCCAACAAUUUCAGUCUCCACUGUUAAUCAAUUAGGCAUUCACCCUCUAAUAAUUUUGAAAGCUGUUUCUUUUUCAUUCAUUUUAAUUUUUCAUUCAUUUGUACCCAUUUUUUUUCUCAGUGGGUAAAAAUAAUUGGUUCUCAGAGUGAAAAAGAGUAAUUGAAUGAGUUGUGGUCUUUCAGGCUUAACUUAGUGCAGAAAAAUCAUUUUCCUUAGUAUUAUUUUUUCUCAUUAAAGAGGAAUGUAUGCAUAUAUACUAAUUAGGGUUCCAUUUAAUUUUUCCUCUUGGGAGGUGACAGUGGGAAAAUUACUAAGGUUUAUAAUGCUGCAAUCCAAGAUUAUUGUGGUCUAUGUGCUUUGUACAGUCAUGUUAGUAGCUAUUUGUUGCAAACUGUUUGGAACCAGAUAAUGUUUACAAUAUAAACAUGGCUACUCUUUAUGCUAUAAUAUCACUCUGUCCCUCCUGGACAAUCUCUUAAAAUAUACUUGUCAUUGUCUUUCUUUUAUAUGGAUUAAAUCAGAGUAGCUAGCAUAUUGAUGCAUGAAAUGAAAAAAAUAUUUUGUCAAGAGUUUUAAAAUCUAAAAUAAUCCCAGAUAUUGUGGGGAUGAGUAUCUCAGGAUAGGUAAAUAGUUAAUGAAGUUUCUUCCUUAAAGUCAGUUGCUUUAUUUGACAUUUUCUAGUAACAAUAUGAGGGUGUCUUUGAAGUUAAAAUCUGAAGUCUCAUUAGAAUAUGAUAAUAAGCAUCAAGCUUAGGGCCAAAAAAAAUGUUAAAUAACUCUUAUAUACUUUAAAUUGAUCUUGGUUUCUUUUUAAAAUAAAGCUA